CCAGACAACUGCAAUCAUAACGCCUGCCACUAAAUCUUUGGGAAAGUGCAAUUUAAAAAAAAAAAUAUUAACAGACUAAGCUUUCAUUUUGGAAAAUUGAAAACCAUGGAAGAGUCCCCGAGCAGCUCUGUUUACGCAGGGUAUUUAUACUGGAGCAGUUCAGGGGUUACAGAUGAAAUAUGGAAUUGCACCUGCUCCUAGGAAGAAGAGAGCUGUUCCUCAGUGUUUUGUGACGGAAAUGAAACACAGUUACAAGCACCCGCAAAAGCUGGCAAAGCUGAAGAACAACACCUCCCGCUAUGGAUGUAACACCCUGCAUGGCGUGUACGCCAAAGGCAUAGUCCCCACAAUGGUUCAUGACAACAAGCACAAUCAAGAGACCAAGAAACCACUCGCCACCAAAUCCAGACAAACUGGAGGAAAAACAGUGGACAACCAUGGUAUGCUCACAUCCCCGCAACCCAGCGAACACCAGCAGCUUUCUGGAUGUGUCGCGGGAACUGAUAAGCAGGUUCUGGAAGCUGCUGUGCAAAGUCCUGCUCCAUCCAGUCCUGUACAAGGGAUGGAGUAUCUGCCUGCUGUCCACUAUCAGGUCUCCGAACACGUGCCAACAUGGAUAUCAGAAUGGCCAGGACCUCUGUAAAUGGGCCAGCUUCAGCCAACCAAAGUCAAACUUCAGAUUUAAUGCAUUAAAAAAAUAAAUGA